AGCUCAGGAGAGCAUUGUUGAUGGCCCUCUACUGUCGCCUCCUCUGCCCUGCUGCUCCUGUACGAAACCACUCAGUAGUUUUUCAUCCCAUCAGAAAAGUCUCAUAACUUCGAGGAACGUCACAGCCCAGAAUUUUAGUGACCUGAUUUCGGAUGCAGCCAAUCAUGGCCCUCCUCUGCGGGGAUGGGGCUGCAAGCUGCGUCCAAUCACGUCGCAGGGCCGCUGGUCAAAAAGAAACGCUUGUUGCAGCCCGUUCUGACUGUCUUCAUCCUCCUCUUCAUCCUGGUCAUCAUCAGCUGCUUCAUCCACAACUCUGAUGGGAUUUGGUGGCAAAAUGACCGCUCGUCCAAAUUAUCAGACCAGCGCCGUGCUCCGAGUCUCCCGCCUGCCACUCAUUCGCUCUGCACUGCAGUCGGUGACCUCUGUCUACUCCGGGGCCAAAGGUCGCUACCCGCUGCUGAGGAUGGUGGGGGGCGUGGCCGAAGUCAGCGUCCGCAACAUAUCCGUGGUGGCCAUGCAGAGAGCCACACCCCUGCUUCAGACUCUGGAGCCUCAAAUCGAGGUCGCCAACAGCUUCGCUCUGACGGGUCUGGACCAGUUGGAGAAAACCUUCCCCAUCCUGAACCAGUCAACAGAUGAGGUCAUCAACCACCUGAAAGACGCCAUCUUCCUGACGCUGGACGACAUGCAGCUGUGGGUGGUGGACGGCCUGGACAACGCUCUGGAUCAGCUGGAGCGCCUGCUGGAUGGUGUGUGGUCGGCGGUGCGGCUCCUGCAGGAGUCACAGGUGGGCCAAGCCGCCACGUCGGGUCUGGAUGACCUGCUGAGUCGACUGGAGGAGAGCACGGCCUACUACCUGCCCCUCCCCCCCACGCUCCGCCGCGAGUGGGAGAUGAGGGUGCAGGAGUACGAGGACGAGGACGACAGCGAUGAGCCCGGGAUGUGGACCCGCAUCCGUAGUCUCCUGCUAAGUCUCAGUCUGCAGCUGUACCACCGAAUGACCAAAAUCAGGGAGCAGCUGCAGAGCGCCCUCCAGACACUGGGGGACGCUGCAGACACGAUGGGUCUGGGUCAAGUUCUGGAGGUGUUGGGUGACCUGCUGCAGUCCAUGCACAGCCUGAUGGUGGCGCUGGUCUACAGAGCUGAGGGCGCCAGAGAGCUGACGGUGAGCCGGGUUAGGGAGCAGGCCCUGGUGCUGGUGGAGCUGCGCCCCGUGCAGCAGGUCCUGGAGCUGCCAGUCCUGGUUCAGCAUCUGCUGAGGGACCUCCAGGAACUGUCCAAGAUCCUCCUGCAGCUGCUCAUCAAUGCCACACCCCUCUACAACAUGCUGCAGCAGCCCACGCACCAGGAGGUGGAGGACUUCCUCAACCAGCCGGACUUCUCGUCCGACAGCUCUUCACGCCGCAGCUCAGCCAACAGUCUCUUUCUGAAGGCCAUGGACGGGCGCCCGCGCCGCCGGAAGAGUCUGUACUCUCGCACUGUCCGCAGCCCCAGCACGCCUCAGAGUCCCGAUGGCGCCAGCGGCUCCAGCCUGAAGCCUGACGCCGACGUGGACGGCUUGAGCUUGAUGGUUCCACCCGAAGCCAACAUUCACCGCCGAGCAUCCGCAACCGAGAUGCUCCUCACGCCGCUCAAACAGUUCAUGUCCCAGAGUCAGAAGGCCUUUGAGUACCUGAGCCCUAACACGGCAGCGGAGGCCGCGUCCGUGGACAACUAACCGUUGAUGGAACACAAAGCAGCCGCACUGACGUCCCCAACUCAGUCUGGUCGCUGCGUGUCGGUUGUGCGCUGCUGCUCCACAGGUCACUGUUGCUCUGCCCAAGGAACACACGAGGAAUGUCUCAGUGCUAAAGUGGUUUGUUUGUGUGCAACCCAAACCAAGUGGUUAUGAGCAACAUCAUACUCGGCCUGAAUAAUAAACAAGUCAACCACACUCUAGCUCGGUUUCGUGUUUUCAAAUGUAACAUGUGCCUGGUUACUUUGCUGUUUCUAAUUCCUCGUCACGAGUCCCGAGUCCGGAGGAUAAACAGUCACUCAACUGUUCGCCCCUGCAGUUGAGAGGGGCGCCCUCUGGUGGGCGGC